AUUUGGAAAAGCGGAUAGCCCGACCUGAAUCGGGUCAACUGAUGGAGCUAAAAUCUCAAAAUUCUCAGUCGCAACAGAGCACGCGGAGAAAAAAACCUCACAUUUCAGACCAAGUUAUCUCCGCCAUCCGUUGCCGGUUACAACAUGGUAAUUUUCAACUGUAUCACUAUCUAAUGCUUGUAUUCUUGUGGGAAUAUCUCUCUGACCGAGCGGUAUCAUACUAGGUACGGCUACAGCCUGAUCCCUUCCUCAAUGAGCUCACCAAUAUGUUUGAGCGGACUACAGAAAAGGGCUCUGUGUGGGUUACUUUGAAGCACUCUUCUGACAAGUCCAAGGUUAAGAGGAAUAAGAUGAAGACAGCUGGGGAAAAGAUUGAAUUUAAGUGCCUCAUUCGAGCUACAGAUGGAAAGAAGACUAUUUCAACAAUGGUCGGUCCAAAAGAUCACCAACGUUUCCAGUGGAGUUAUGCAACUAUCUUGAAAGCCCGGAUGACUGCCUUGAAAAAGAGGGAGAGGAAGGACAAGCGAAAGACAGCAGAUUCUGAUAAAAAGCAGGACCUGAAGAAGCAAUCCAAACCCUCUAACUAAACUGGAGUUGCUUGAAUGUUUUUCUUUUUAUCGUUUAUAUUGUAUCAAUACAUCGAGUCAUGUGAUAUUAAGAAAUCUUAACAAUUUUUGCGAGGUUUGAUGAUAUAACUUUGUUCCAGGUUCGAGUCAUACGAUAUUAAGAAAUCUUAACAAUUUUUGCGAGGUUUGAUGAUA